UCCCCGACCCGGGAGCUGCGGGGGCCCGAGGUGGGCAAGGCGGGGCUCGGGUCCGUCCUCCGCCAGGAGCCGGCAGCUCGGGCUGGAGCAAGGCGGGGCGGGGCCGGGGGCGGGGCCGGGGGCGGGGCGGGGCUCGGGUCCGUGCCCUCCCUCCCGGUCCCCCUCCCCCCCAGGUCCCCGCCCCGGGAGCCGCGGAGCCCGCGGAAGGCGGGGCGGGACGGGGCGGGGCGGCGGCGGGAAGGGGGGCCCGGGCCGGGCAGCAGCGGCCGCCGCGCCCCGAGCGCCGCGAUGGGGCUGGAGACCGAGAAGGCCGACGUCCAGCUCUGCAUGGACGACGACGCCUACAGCCGCCACAGCGCCGUGGACUUCGGCGACCUGGAGCAGCUGGCGGACUCGGGCUCCGACCGCGACCCCCGCCGCCUCAACUCGCACCUCCAGGUGGGCUUCGAGGACGUGAUCGCGGAGCCCGUGUCUACGCACUCCUUUGACAAAGUGUGGAUUUGCAGCCAUGCCCUGUUUGAGGUCAGCAAGUACGUGAUCUACAAGUUCCUGACGUUGCUCCUGGCGAUGCCCAUGGCCUUCGCGGCAGGGGUUCUCUUCGCCACCCUCAGCUGCCUGCACAUCUGGAUUAUAAUGCCUUUCGUGAAGACCUGCCUCAUGGUCCUGCCUUCGGUGCAGACCAUAUGGAAGAGUGUAACAGAUGCUGUCAUUGCCCCGUUGUGUUCAAGUGUAGGACGCAGCUUCUCUUCUGUCAGCUUGCAAGUGAGUCACGACUGAGCACUUGGACCCCAGGGCUGGAGAGCUGGAUACUGUAAUACUUCUUUGUUGUUAUAAUGCAAAAGCACUACUGUUCUGUUCUAAGCAUCCCCAACUGUUCUAAUUAAGAAAACAUUUUUAAGAUGGGCAACCACAUUUGGAAAUGUUGAUUGGCAGAUCUUCUCAAAUAAUGCUCUUCUAAUUCAUAGUCAAGGAUUUCGUAUCUAACUUUAGAGCCAGAAUAAUACAGUAGGUUGGCAACACUUAAUUUUAAAGGCAAGUCUUUACUUUAGUACAAAAGUACAUAUUUUAUAACGAUGAAUUUAUAAAGAUCGAGGGACGUUUCCCAAACACUAUAAUAGUUUUGUGCACAACUGCUUGUAAAAAAUAUGGAAUUUCUUUUUUUUUUUUUUUACUCUGAAAGCAAUGCUUUUUAAAUUACCUUUGCAGAUAAAGUCAUGGGAAUACUUACAGGAAAAAUAUACAAAGAUCCUAGAAAUUACAGUGACAAAAGCAUGCCGUGGUAAUAGGAGCUAUCAAAUAUAGGACAAAUAAAUGUGAAAAUAGAGUCAUGAACAUGUGUACCUUUAAGUAAGGUAUUGUUAACCUACAGGUCUAUUUAAUAAGAUGUUUCAUUUUACUGUAUAUUUUGUACUUAAUGUAAAUGUUGCUCUAAUCAGAUUGCUUUUAAGUACUUUUAUUAUAUUUGUUAUCUUGUUGAACUAAUAUAUAAAAUGAGUAAAUGUAUCUUUCAUGGGGAACUUCAUUGGUGAGACUGCACUGUCUUGAUUACGUAAGCAUAUAUCUCUUCUUUGGGAAUAUAAUGUAAAAGAGCGAUAUACAGGGCUUUUCUCUAACUUUUCCAAGCAAAAUCCUGAAAUGUUUCAUGAGUGAUGCUUUCCUGGCUGUGACCUUAAAAAUAAUCCAAAUCUAACUGGUAUUUCAUCUGGGAGAUGCUUUCUCUCUUGUAGUUAGAAAUUAAACUUGUAUUCUGCGUUCCUGUUAAUGUCUCACUUUACCUUCAAGUAAUACUGGUGCUAUUUAAUAACAUUUUACAUAAAAGCUAUUUCUGACACUUAAGCACUAUUUCAACUGCAGUGAUUCAUGGAGAGAGACUUACAGGAAAGUUGUCAAUUUGUUGGGCCCAUGCGAUUGAGCUACAGACACACACACACACACACACACAUGCAAAAACCAACAGAUAUACCCUUCCAAGAUAUUGUCUGAUAUGGAUUUUGUUAUACAGUAUAAAAUGGUUCUUAUCAUUUUUGAACUAUAGUGUCCUAUUUCAAUGUUAUGAGUCACUGUUGUUUUAAAAAUCUCAUUAUUCCAAAAUGAGAGGCAUAUACAGAAGAUGUCUAUGAUAUACGUGGUUACUAUAAUUUACACAUCUUAAAAGUGUGUAAAUGCUCAAAUUUCAGAAUUAUUAUCAGAACCUGAAUUAACAUUCCUUUGAACAUCUUCAUAGAUGACAAAUCUUCAUUCGAUGAAGAUUAGUUUUACUUUUCCAAGUUGCCAAGACUGGUAAAUAUAAAGGAUGUCUGAACUGGAAUACUAUUGGGGGCCAAAGUAAAUGAAUGAUUAAACUAUGAAACUCCUAUCCUUUUGAAAAUAGCUACAAAAGAGACUUCAAAAGUGCCUCUGUAGCAUCCUUGAGAGUCCCAUGAUCAUUACCUUAAAACAUUACCACUCAUUUGACUACAUAGAUUUUAUUAUGUUAAAAGUCAAUCAGUCUUGUGAUUUUAUAGUUAUACGAUAAACUGUACAACUAUAUAGUUGUAUUUAAAGUGUUUUAUAAAAUAUGUGGAUAUGUUGAUUGGCCGAAAGUAUUUGCUUACUAAAAUAUGCUUUUAAAUAAAUCAUAAGCUUAAAUCAUAUCUUUUCCAAUAGCUAUUGAUAAGUUUUAAAGCAAAAUAUAUACACACAGGCAUAUAACAAAACCCAUUAAGUUUUAACAAGUAAGACAUAUGAUUUCCUUAUUUCUGAAUAGCAUUGAUUAUUGUCAAAAUGAAUUUUUAUUGAGAUUUGCCAUUAACUAUUUUAUUUCAAAGAUUGAAAUUUUUUAUCAAGUGGACCCAGGUUUCAUGUACAAAUAUGUUGGUUCUUUUAUUUGGGGGUGGGGCAAAUAGAUGAUAAGUAUCAGUAAUAAACUUUCUAAAAACUC